AAUUUACCGAUUGCCCAAACCAACAAAACCACUCUAAACAGCCUAGCACUUCUCCGACCCAGACUGACCAACAGAGUGAAGGGGAAAGGAUGACCAGGGAGUUGAGGGAUAUUAUCAGUCAGUUUUUGCAGAAGGUGGAUGAAUUCAAAACGUGUCUGAUCACAAUGUCAAUUGCUAUUGAAGAGCAAGAAAUGGUGUUUAAAAGUAUGAUGGAUUCCCAGGACCAGCUGGAGAGGCGGUACAUCAGUAAGAAGGAGGAGCACAGAACUCUGGAGAUGCAGAACUACUUUGGCCUGGCCAGGAACACAGGCCAGUUCGACCCCGAAAGGCAGGUGGAGGGGGAGAUAUUCAGGAUAGGGAUGCAUCUAGAGGACAUUAAAGAGCUGAUUGACAGGAACGUGCGUGAGCAGCAACUCUCCCCACCCCACUCAUCCUCCACACUCCUGUCACUGUGUGGGGGUCCCAGUCUCCCUGGUCUGCUCACCCCCUCACUUCCACCACCCAUGCAUGAGGGUCUCACAUUACAGAUUCUAGGCCCCUGUUUUUCCACUGGGGGUUAUGAGACAGUGGAGAGGGAGGAAGAUGAGGAGGAUGAGGAAGAGGCCAGUGAGGUCCAUGGACAUGAUGGUUUAGACCAGAGCUGUGAUCUCACACCUGCUGACCCCCAACUGAACAGCACAGGACACAGCAGUGUCAGUCUACGGCUCUCACAGGGCUCCCUGGAGACAGUGGACAUCACCAACACGGAGGAAGAGGAAGAAGAGGAGAGGAGCUGGACCUUCUCGGGCCUAUCUGAGCGGAUAGAUCGUGAUAGGGUUCUGCAGUAUUUGGCUCUCCAGAACCCGGGAUUUCAAGACAGACUUUGGACAACUGAAAGCCUGCAGCAGAGUCCCCUGAGCCCAGACUGUGACCUGGGAGGGAGUGUGAAUCUGGCUGUAGAGGUUUCCUGCUCCUCUUGUCUGAAGAGCGAGUCCAAGAGCAUCACAGACCACACUCUCACCACUUCCCAGAGAAUAGUGAGUCCAGAGACAGACAGUGGGUUAGGGAGCUCUGACUUGAGUCUCCAAGCCACAGGACCUUCUCAACCAAAACUCCAUACAGAAAGGCUCCAGUUCCAGCCUGAUGGAAAUGCCAAUCCUAUCAGUAUGAGUGACAGUGAAGGCUCCUGCACCAACCUGCAGACCACUAUGCAUCAGCCUGUACAGGUGGGAGAGAGGAGACCCAACCCGCAGAGAAAUGUCCAUUCAGCUGGGCUGACCGGAAAAGCGACACCUAGCCUGCAGUCUACUGUCCAUCUGACUAGGGAUAUUGGAGAGAGGAGACCCAGCCUACAGACACCUGCUGAGCUGCAGCUUUGCACCACUGCGGUGGACCACUGUGUGACCAGCACUACCCAGAGUGUACCUGCCGGACUGCAUGAGGGUGAAUCCCACACUACCAGUCAGCUCAGUCAUCACGGCCCUGACUGCCCAUUCAAAACCUCCCAUAGCAUCACCAUGGAUAUGCCACAGAGAGACUGCCACUCCCACACCUGUUCCUGUCACAGUUCGGCCAUCCAGGCCCUGCAGUCGGAGGUGUCCCAGCUGAAGAGAGACCUGAAGGAGGGUCUGGUCCAGCUGCCACACCUCUCCCAGAGGAUGGAUUACCUGACCUCCAGAUGCAGGCAGAACAGAGACAGAAGACCCAAGACCCGGCCCAGAACACACCACAAACCAGCAGGGAGCAGACAGAGUCUGACCAACACCAACUCCAAGAUAGAAGACUGGAUCUCCUCAGAUAUGGACCCCAGCAAGAGCAAAGGUACAGACGGUGUGGAGUCGGACCGGUCUGGGAUCAUGCUACCAUUCCACAGUACACCACUAGGUGGCAGGAGAGGGAGCAGCAAGCCCUACUCCUGCUCAGAUGGACCAGUGAAACCCCAGAGCAGAAAACACUUGAAUACAGCAUCAGAGGAGAACCGUUCUCUGGAGACCUCCAAUCUCACCCAUCCCAGUCCUCCAGCACUCUGGCACUCAUACAAGAACUUCAGCUACAGAUCUCCACCACCACCAGGUGACAUGGAGAAUGUCUACUCUAAGGGCAGGUAUCCUCUCUCCUCUCAGCCUCUACAGAAGCCUCUGUUGCAAGUCAACUAUGGCUCCUCCUGCAGUUUACCUGCAGGUUUCAAAGUGCGAGAGCAGCAGUCUGUCUCCCACCACCGGAGGCGCUCUACCCAGUCAGACUCAGCACUGCUGCCCAGCAACGUGUACUUUCAGCAGACCUUUCCCCCAGCUCUCAGCCCCCCCAGGACUGGGGUCAUAGCCAGCAGGCACAAAGCCAGCAGGGAUGAGGACAUCAACAGGACAUUGGACAGGGCUAUCGAGGCAGCCCGCAUUAUGAAGAGGACCACUGAUAGGAUGGCCAAGAGCCUGUCAGCUGACCUUGCCAAGGUUGAGCUGUACAGGAAGUUACACAGCCUUCACCCAUUGACAGGGAGGAACAAUACUGGCUCAUAACACUCUAAUUGACACACUGGAGAUACUGCUGCUACUAUAGGGCUGGUCCAGGAUUGGCUAACCAGUGAAUUCAGCAGGGAUUAUUUUGUAUACAGGUGAAGUCGGGAAGUUUACAUACACCUUAGCCAAAUACAUUUAAACUCAGUUUUUCACAAUUCCUGACAUUUAGUCCUAGUAAAAAAUUCCCUGUUUUA